UGAAAGGGCAUUGCUAAGCGACACGGAUGCGCGCGGUGUCUGUCGGGUGAACGAACUAAGCAGGGUCCAGCCAUCAAGUAGCUGCGGGAUGGACCGCAGUUGCUCAGUUCUUCCUACCCAAGACAGCCCCUUUGGAGAUACUCUGGGUCAAAGCCAUUACUGGCCAUCCAAAAGCCAGACCUGGUGUCCCAAGCCCUUAAGCCCAUCCAGGUCUCAGAGAUCCGGUCUCCCACAGGCUCCCAAAGCUGCAAGCGAUUCCUCUGAGCUGUUAGAGGACUCCUGGCCAUCUAGUUCAGCGACCCCAUCCCCACCCAGCACUAAUGAUGGGCAGAUGGGCACCUUGCCACCCACCCUGAUGGACAGCGAGGACUCUGUGGUGGCCAAGUACAUAAACAGGUUCCGCCAAGCUCAGCCCACAAGCCGAGAGGAACGUCAGCCUGCAGGCCCAACCCCAGCAGACUUUUGGUGGCUGCAACCUGAGUUGCCAGACACCAGCGGUCAGUUUGGCACAGGAGCCAAUGAGUCAGAAGGAAAAUCCAGAAGAGCAGCAGCAGUCCCAACUCCCACCAAGAGCCUCAACACUUGGAAGUCAUCCCUGCUGGACCUGGAGACACUGAGCCUACAAAGCAGAGCAGCCAGACUGCUCAAACGCAGCAAGGCCUCCAUCUCCUCCUCCUUCAGCCCCAGUGAAGCCAGCAGCUCCUCCUUCCCUGUCAGCUCCGAUGGCUUCCCUCCUUUCCCCAUGACUUUCACCCCUGACUCCAGCAAGGACUCUGGCCCCAAAGCACCUGCCGCCGCUGCAGCCGCUGCGGCAGCCACAGCGGCAGCCACCGCAGCCACCGCCUCUCCCUCCUCCCGGGCACCCCUUCGACCUGAGGAAGACAUUUUGUAUCAGUGGAGGCAACGUCGGAAACGCGAACAGGCUCAAGGAGGCCAGGGCGAUGGAACAUGGGUGCAGCCCCAGCCCCCAGCCCCUACCGCUCUGGCCUCUCCUGCCCCUCAGACCUCCUUUAAUUCUGUGGGGACCCAGUCCAGCUGUGCUCCACCGUGGGCCAGUCUGGCUCAGGCUGGUCCCCCUGAGACCUAUAUAGAGAGACCUUUUGUGCCACCCGGAGCCUCUCCACACGUCCUCUGGGCCUCCAGCCCCCAUGGCUUCAUCUGGGCCCCACAGCCCAGUUCUUGGGUAACUUUAGGGACAGUUCCUCCCACACUGCUGUCCUCCACUCCAUCUCCUCUAGCCUCUACCCUAGUGCUGCCAGUCUCCAACCCAGCUCAUCCAGCCUCCACCCCGGCUCCCCCAGCUCCCAUCCCAGAUCCCUCAGCCUCCACCCCAAAUUCCCAGCCCUCCAUCCGUGGGCCCCCUGCUACCCACCAGGGCCCUCAUACCCCAGAACAAAGCAGCCCCGCUCAGCCCCAGAAGCUGAGUCCCGAGCCUUUGAGGACCAGAGCUCCCCGUCAAGAGGCUGCUGGGGGCAUCAAGACAACGGAUGAGGGGCCUGGCCCGCAGCUCAGGGGGGCCCUGGGCCAGGUAGUGACCGCUCGGCUGUUCCCCAACAGCCCGGAGGAGGACAGGCCUCCAUCCAAGGCCGAAUCUGUGAUUCGCAAGACUAGACCUUCCCAAGCCAAAGUCAAGCCCCCUGGACAAGAGGCCACGCCCUCUCCGCUUGACUCCCGAGCCGGAUCAGAGGGGGAUGCCCAGAGAGCCAAGGCCACGCCCCCCUGCGGAGGGCGGGAGCUCUGGGCAGGUAAAGCCACGCCCUCAGCGGAAGCUGCGGACCAGCCUGCCCCGACCCCCGCGGGGGCCUUGGAGGCGGGGACUCGGGGACCCGUGGCCACGCCCUCCGGUGGCCACACCCCCUCGGAGGAGUUACUAUUACAGGCCGCCCAACUUUUGCAGGCCGCAGAAGACUCCGACGGCAGCGAGUUUCAGGACGACCCUGUGCUGCAAGUGCUGAGAGCUCAGAGGGCAGAGCUGCGACAGCAGAAAAGGAAAGUGGAAGCUCAAAUAUCCCUCCUGGUGUGCCACACUGAAGACCCCAAGCCUUGGUCUCCUCCAGCCAUAUCACCAAGAAGGAGGUCCCCAAGGAGGCUGCGGAGGGAAGGAGCCUCCUUCGAGGCCAGACGACUUUGAAUUGUAUAUAUUCUCUUUUGCCCAAUGAAACAUUUUUUUCCCCAAGUCAAUCUCUAAGAAAUGGAUUUUGUGGAAAGGCCCAAGGGUUGUGCUAGCUUAAGGAAUUGCGUUGAUGCUGUCACCUCCUUUCCUUCCUAUUCCUUUUUUUUGGGGGGGGGGUCCGG